ACUAUAUAGUAUUGUAAAAUUCCUCACUUUUUUUGUUGUUUGUUUGCUGUAUUUUUUUUGUUCUUUGGUUAGCUAUUGAAAUAAUAAAAUAUAUCAACAUUUUAUUUUUUCAGUAUAAUAUUUCCGCUCAUGAUUUAUUUUUUCAUAGCUAAUGUUCUCCAGAACCAUAUUUUUCUUCAUUUAUCUCGAUUCUUAUGGUCCAACUCAUCGAUCAAAUUUUGAUAUUGUUUUAGGAUUAGUUAGACACUGUUGAUUUUGUCGAUGCGUUUAGUGUCAAUCAAUAUAAUUGCAAGCCACAAUGAUUGGUAAAAUUUAGCCUCCACGCAAUAAUACUCUGGGAGGUGGUGGUGUUGAACUUGGAGUAGAAGAGUUGGGAUUAGGUUUGGGAAAGGAAAUAGCGUGGGAAGAAAUUAUGUUCGGAUUUGGUAGCAAGUAAAGUUCAACUACAUCAGGUGAAGACAGAGAAGAGGGAGUUGGCGAGGGUAGUGAUCAAACUGAGGAGGGUAUUGAAAGACAUGAAAGUAAAACUGGAGUAGUUUAAGAGAGAGAAGUGAGAGAUGAUGAGGAUAUUUAUGAAAAUGGAGAGGGUGACAUGGAAGUGAUCCGAAGUAGGUGAAGGUAGUCAAGGAGGAUAUGAGCAUACUGAUGGAAUUGGAGAUGAGGAGUGGCUUUACCGAGCUUAUUACAAAUGCCCCUAAGGAAGAUGAGUUGGCCAAAUACAAGAAAAGGUUGAGCAGUUGAAGAGCGAGUUGACAAGAAUCCCAAUUGGAAGAGAAAUUGAGGGCCAUAUAGAGAAGGUCCAUCAAAGUAGCAGAAAUAGAAUUGCAGGAGAAGGAUUAGAAAGUGAACUUUGGAUUGAAACAAAUGCCUCUUGAGAUUGCAGAUAGAGGGUAUAAAAAGUUGGUUGUACUUCGAAUAGUGGUGGCUAUUGGUCUUUAGGUUUAUGGUUGUGCAGCUACCACAACCUAUGUCUAUAUUAAAAUGAGGAAUCAUUUAUUGAUUUAUUUAAAUUAAGGUCGAUUCUCUAUUCAAACUAAUGGGAGAUAAGUAGUGUCUAAUUUUGUGUCUUAUCAGUUUGAUCGAGUCAUUAGUAUAUUAGAGAUAACCUUAAUUUUGUCAUUUGCGCUCAACUUUUGAUGGUUCCAUUUUAGUUGAUUUGUUAGUAUAUGGUUGACUUGUAUCAACAACUCUUCAUUUCUUUUUAAUUAGUGGCAUGUGGUUCCUAAAAGGAGAGCAUUGAACCCUUUAUGUAGGAUUAUGAGAUUUUAGCUUUAGUUUUCAAUUAUUUAUGGAUCGUGUGGAAAUUCCAGCGGGCUUUUAUAUUCUAUAUGUCCUGACAAUUAAUUAACCAAUAGCAUUUUAACGAAAACUUAAUUAUAAUUAUGAAAUUGGAUUAAGGAUAUAUUUUUAUAUUUUAUAUACUUAAACGGAUUAAUAAAGUUAAACAUAACAUAAAAUAUAAAUACUCAAAUACAAACAUUCAUACUAAUGGGGUUGGGUUAUAAACUAGUUAUGCAAGGAGGUUCUUCGCGGACACCCACUUCAUUCCAUUAUACCUGGUUUUUGCGCACUGUUCGGAGAGAGCUUUUAGUCUUUUGCUUUUCUCACUUUUUUUAUUUUUUUUAUUUGAAGAAGAGGCUUUUGCUCUUUUAAAAACUCUAUUAAAGAAUUAGCAAAGAAUACGAAGAUUACAAAAUCGAAGCACUACGUUUCUAGGCAAGCGGUGAAAGAAAGUGAAGCACGUUCUCUUCCAAUUAAGUUUUAACCGAUGACUAAUUCUGAUCAUUUGCUUUGAUAAUUGAAGGAUCUUAUAUUCAUGAGAGGCAACUGGUAGUUUGAUUUAUUUUUUAUAUGGGAAAACCAUCCAAAUAAGCAAAUACAACUAUUUGUAAAAAAUUUAAUGCAAGUACCUAUAUCUGUUUUUUUUUUUUUGUCAUAGGUAAGUACCUAUAUCUUUAUCAGAGGAAUUUUAUCAUGCUUUAAAGCAUUGGUGUUUUAGGGGUUACUUUGGUUUUGGUGAUAGUUUGGUUGAGAUAGUUACAAUGCAUGUAUUGUCCAUAAUGCAUUAUUUUUCUGUUGGUGAUAGUUAAAUUGGUGCAUUGUUAUCAAUGCAUGCAUAAUAAUAUACAUGUCUAUACGAAAUUGGUGUAUUGCGGUUUACAUUGUUUGGCUUAUGUGAUAGUUAUUUUAGUAUUCAAUAAUUUGGAUUUCUUUUGAGUGAAAUAUCACUUUUACCCUUUGUUUUUAAUAUAAAAAAGCAAUACACAUAAUAAAGUAGGGUCAUGUGAUAGUUAUUAUAGCAUUUAAAUAAAUUAAUUUUCUCAUAAGUUGUAGUCUAGUUGGCUCUCUAGUCACAAUGUUGGGACAUCUCAUAAGUUCAAAACGAGACUGUUCAUGAGUUGUAUUAAACGAGCCACCUAAAGAGUAAUAUAAUUUAUUUAAAUACUACAAUAACUAUCAUAGAAACCAAACGAUGUAAACUACACCAAUUUUCUAAUAUACGUGUAUAUUAUUUUUCAUGCACAAUGCAUCGAUUUAACUCUCACCAAAAUCCAACGACCCCUUAGUUUUUGCUUUUAUGGUACAACUUGAAGUUGUACCUUCAACGUUAUGGUACAACUUUAGGUUCCACCUAUACUUUUUUUGUAAAUUCUCUUUAUGGUACAAACUAAAGUUGUACUUUCUUGUUAUGAUACAACUUGAAGUCGUACCAUAACAUAAUUGUCAAAUUCUCUUAUGGUACAACUUUAAUUUGUACUUUAAAGCACCAAUACUUUAAAGCAUAGUAGAAGUGCUCAUCUUUAUUAGCAUAAUGUUAUAUAUCUUAAAGUUUAAUGUGUAUCCGUGCCACGAAUCAUGUUCAUGCCAAAAUAUUGCUCACCAAAGUUCAAAAAUACUUAGAAAAUUACAUGAAAUUUCUUAAACAUAUAAUUAGCUUUCUUGUGGAUCUUCACUAAGGUUAAACAUUUAAGUGCCUUGCUUCUUAGCUAAGUAUCUUUGACACCCGAAUUCUCCUAACCAAAAAAAUUAUGGUCAUAAUUGUUGGCGCAAUUUUAGGUAUAUAGUCGAGUACAUUGAUAAUAGAGUUCUUGUUCAAAAACCUGAAUGAAGUAAUAAUAAAGGUUGUUUAAUGGAUAGAAAUGAGCAAACACUGUUGAAAGUAUGAAUGAUAAAUGAGAGGUUUUUUAUCGAAAGGCAUAGUACAACAAUACAAUAAAACAAUGAUUCCAAUAUAGCACGAGAUAGUUUGUAAGCAACUAGCCUACUGAUGAAAUAAUUUUUUCACUACAAUAAAACAAUAAUUUUUUCACUACAAGGAGCAAAAAGACAGCGUCACUAAUAAAAAAAACCUCCAAGAUAGCUUACAGUGAGUGUGUAUAUUUGAUUAAUGCAUUAGAAUUCUUAACUAUAUUGAGUCAUUUAGAAACAGAAAAGUACUUGGACAGGGAUGAAGUAAAUUGACUUAGGAUUUUUUCUAAUUACUCCAUUUAUUAUUUUUCAUUUACAUUAUGAUAUGAGUAAAAAUCACAAGAAAUUAUUCAUCAUUCUAUAUGUGUUUAUACAUCAUCUAAUAUUUAAACUUUCAAAUAGAAAGUGAUUCCGUAAGAAAAAAGUAAUCCAACCAACUCGCCAACCAAAAUUUAGGAGUUCGUUUUUUAACAUCCAAAUGGAAAAUUAAGGUUUUGAAGCGUCCAAAUAGUUUAAACUUUUGAAAACUUGAAGGCGAAUAUGAAAAUAGCAUAUUACAUAUAAAAUUCAAACAAUUAGUAAUCAGUUCUAAUCAAUUACCUCAAUUAUCCAAGCAUACGAUGAUAUUUUAUUGUACAAACAUACAUGUUAAUGUUAUCUAAAAACAAAUGAGGUUGAUAAAAAGUGAAUCAAAGAAUAUUUCUUUUAAGUUUGAAUUACUAUACUAUGUAUGAUAGUAAUCAAACAUUUCAUAUUUACUUUAAUUCGAUGUUGUUAAUGGCUCAUCAAUAAAAAAAAAGUCAAAAAAUGUGUAGUAAUUUCUAACAACAAGUAGUAAAUCAAAUUGUGGUUUUACAAAUGUUUUCGAAGUGGAUCCUAUUGCAGAGAUUUUGUCUAACUUUCCCUACGAACUUUCAUCAAUGAAUCCUUAGAAUGUCGCUAAACUCUACGAUGUAUUUUUUUAUUUUACAAAUAUUAAAUAAUUUGGAUGAUUUUUUAAUAAUAUUGAAUAAAAAUGUAUCUCACUUUAUACUAUUGGGAUCGCUGAAAUGUAUCCGGCGAGAUCGUUGUUUAUUAUGUUCAAUGACAAAAUGUAUCCGGUCAAUGGGCAGGCACAAAUCUAGUUUUUGCUGGAGAAAUGCAUGUAACAUCAUUCUAUUCAAAUUUGAUGAUUGUACUUUUAAUAAGGCAUGUCCAAUAACAAUAUCCAAAACAAUAAGAUUCAUCAUACGGCCAUCAACCAUCCACCUUCUAGUGAAAUUGACAGUUAGGACCCCUAGAAUGUCUGUCAUAUAUGACCAGUUAUGUGUGUUGUGCCAGCUGAAUGCUAAUUUUGGACUUGUGUAUGAAAUAUUUUGUCCAACCUUAUUUUUUUAUGUAGAUCCUUUUUGGUGGAGGGUAUUUCACAGCACAUAAACAAUUGAGGAAAUCUGGUUCACAAGCUACUGAUGUUGAAAAACUAAAUGAUGUGUGAAUUUGUCUUGAGUAUCAAUAAAAAAGAAAACACCUUCACUCAACAAAGAUGUGCUAGUUUUCAAUAAUACACAUAAAGAUAUUGUAGCGCUGCAGGAGCUUAGAUGCUCGAAUAUUAUUUUCAAUAUCAGUUCAUUAUGUUACUAAUAUUGAUCAGCAAACGCCAUCGUACUUAACAAAUGGGACAAUCUCAAAAGGAACAACACGAUGAUCAUGUUCUAUCCAUCAUACCCCAUCCCCCACACCACCACCCGAAUAACUACCUCUUUCGUAGUUGAUCGAGUAACCAUCCCCUUUGUACCUAUCUGCAACACCAUCAUUAUAAAAUAAACACAAGGACAACAAUAUUGGAGGAGGGGGUGGGGGGGGGGGGGAGAGAGAGAGAGAUAGAGAGAGAGAGAGAGAGAGAGAGCUCAAAUCAUCCCCAUCAAAUCUUUCGUUUCAUGUUCAUUUUAUCCCCUGUUCCAAGCUAAGUAGAUUCCAAACAAUACAUCAAGAGCCGUCUUGAGAAUUUUUUUUCUCCCCAUGUUUUUCUCCAUUACCGAAAAGGCUUGGGUUCCUUCUUCAGUUUUUUAUAAAGCUGCCGCUUUCGUAGCCUUCAAUAUUCAGAUAUCUUCAUCAACCAAAUCUAGCAGAAAGAUCAAGGAAAUCAGUAGUGGUUUAAAUGAAGGGAUACCUAGCAUUGAAGUUGACUUAUGCUCAACCACACCGGCGGACAGGAGAAGGUGCAAUAAAAAGACGAUAUCUCAAAGGAAAUCUAUACAACCGCCUCCCAAGCCACCUGAAACUCUAGCCAGCAAUCAAUGCUGGAGAGGAAUAAUCAUGAACACAAAUGGGGGAGUAAAGGCAGCUCAGAUAGCGUUGGGAAGGAGGGAUACUAAAGAGAAGCAGAAGGAAGCAUGUCCCAAGAAAGAUCCACACAAUAGAAGUCACCAGUAGAUGCCUCGCAAGGAGAUAUGGGAAAUUAAUGCAACAAUCAUCAACACUACUGAGAUCUACUUGUUCUCUCUGACAAGCAACUCCCAGCACAAGUAAACGCAAGAAGGAGCAAUGGAGCUGGCCGAAUCCGCAGGGCUCGGCCUCCUGACAACACACCAGAAAUAGGCAGUGCAAUGAGAAGAAAAGUUAAUGGAAAGAAGAACAAGAACCCCAAAUGACAAUUAAGAUGAAGUGGAAGAAGGAGUCUGGAAAAGGCUAUACAGAGGCAACCACAACAAUUAAUACAGAUAGCAUUCAAUGGUAGCUCUCUAGGAAGCAAUCAAUGGGAAAGGGAGAAGAUGGCCUAUUUAAAGGAAUCCCAACAUGAAGAUCAUACUCACCUCUAUCAUAGUUCUCAUAAACGCAGGAAAAAACUCCCCAAUACCAGCAGAGAAGUCACAAAAAGCCCGAGCUCCAAUUCGAACCCUCCCCCUCCCCUGUCAAUGGAACCCAAUACAAUGAAUCUAAGAGGAGAGAAGAGCCACCUGGUCCUGAAUGUGAGGCCUAGAGUAACUAGCGCAAGAGGCAGUGGCAUGGCCAUGCUACUUGGCAAAUGGGUCACUGAUGCAAAUAUCAACCUACAAAAGGCCAAGAACACUGCAAUCAGUAAAUGGAGAGCAUACGGGGAGAUUCAAGCAACCAAAGAAGUGGAUAACCUUUAUGUCUACUCCUUUCAGUCAACAAAACAAAGAGAUGCAGUCUGGGAAGCACGACCAUGGAACCUCGGCAACACAGUGGUGGCACUGAGGAAAUGGGAUGGCGAACAUAAAGCAAAACCCUCUGAUAUCCCAAUAGUUACACUAUGGGUCCAAAUGCACGAUCUUUCUCAAUCUCUCAAAGACGAGGAAUCCAUCCAGGCAGUUGUUGAAUUCAUCUUCCCAUACCACCACUGCAUUGACCAAUCCAACUUCGAAUUCAGAGGCUGGCUGAAAUUCAUAAGGGCCAAAGUGGAGUUCAACCUCGACAAACCCAUCCCGAUCAGAUUCGAAUACCCGUUGGGGGAAAUAUCCAUCUGGGUCAACUUCAAAUACGAGCAGAUAAUGGACAUAUGCUACUUCUGUGGAAAGUUGGGCCACCUGAUCCAGAAUUGCCUUGACAGAGAAGAUCAUCGAAGAAGGGGGUUAUGCACUGAUCCUUCGGAGGUUUACACGGCCGCUCUAAAGGCUAGGCAUGAUUCACCGGCAAACACGCCGCCGACCUCGUUCCGUGAAAAUCUGUCCAUAUCGAGACAAUUGACAAGUUCUAACCCAAGGACCCACCGACGACGAGGAUCACAAGGUGAAUCUUCAUUUAUGUCACUGGUGGGGCGCACUGGCCAGGGGUUGUCAUCAUGCCCACCGGGUUUCGCAGCACUAGACAUGGAAGAGCCAUGAAUGAUGAGAGGUAACGACUAGCUACAAAGAGGAGACAUCAGAAGCCCCACCCCACUUUUUCAAUUUGCCUUUCUGGAGGAGGAGAUGGAAGCGGCGACUCUGGCUAUGCAGAUGAGCCUUGACCUAACUGAAAGGGAGGGUACCCGAAGUAAGCAUGCAGGCUUGGUGGAGAUGGGCCAGUCUUUAUCACUAGCAAGCCCAAUAUAUUCACAUCUUGAGCCAAACCCGGCCCAAGCUGAAGCCGAACAACAACCACUCCUGCUCAGCCCUCUUGGCCAGAAUCCAUUCUUAAUAACUGAAACUGAGUCCUUAACGGAUGGCGAUGAGAUCAGGCCCAGACCGAAAAAUAAGAGGAAGCCUGAUAACAGAGACAAACCAACAAGCUCCCAUCCUUAGCAAACUCCUUCUACUAACCUGUCUAUUGAAUCCCUGUCGUUUGUUCCAGGUAAAAGCAAGAGAACCUAUCAGUGUAGGAAGCACACCAUAAGGAGAAGGAGUAUUGCAUAGAUCAUAGCUUAUGAAAAUCAAUGCGGGGAAGGAGAAUCGAAUUCCCCAAGGGCGACAGCGACAAGCAUGAGAAUCAUUGGCUGGAAUUGUAGGGGGUAUGGCCAACCUCUUACAGGAAGCUACUGCGGCAUACUUUGCCAGAAAUUUGGCCCUUCAAUGUUGUUCAUCAUGGAAACUAAGAAAGAUGAUUCCUUUCUUGAAAAAAAAAAGACGCGCAUUGAAGUUUGACCACUCAGAGUACGUUAGUCCUGUAGUAGAAAGUAACGGAUUAGCCAUGUGGUGGAAAGAUGAUGUAGUAGUGGGUAUCCUAAACUCUUGUAAUUCAUUAAUGGACGUUAGUAACUGUAGGGACGGUGUGACCUUCUUUGUACCUUCAUCCAUGAUCCUACCACGACGGUAGAGAGAAGAGUUCUCUGGGAUCGACUUACGACCUUGAGAGACACCCAGGAUGAAAAGUGGCUAAUUGUGGGAGAUUUGAAUGUUGCUUUGUUCCCUUUUGAAAAGCAGGGGCGCUGCCAGCUGCAGAAUGAUAACAUGGCCCCUUUCAAGUAUUUCAUUGCUUGGAACGCUUUGCUGGACCUUGGCUUCUCUGGUCAGCCGUUCACCCGGACGAACAAACAGCAAGGAAACAAUCUGAUUAGGGAAAGACUUGAUCGAGCACUGUGCUCUACAUCUUGGAGACUUGAGUUUGAAUCAGCGGUUGUCUUCCAUGAAGAUUUUUCGAAUCUUACCAUUGUCCGAUCAGGAUUGAUCUAUCUCUAAAGAAGCAAAAAACUAUACUCCUUUCAGAUUCGACAAGAGAUGGCAGGAAAAUGAUGAAUGCUGCCAGAUUAUCAAUAACAUGUGGAAUAGAGGGGGCAGAGUGCAUAAUAUUCUCAAAAGUUGCCAGGAAUAACUUAAUAGUUGGGCA